UUAAAAGACACAGGGUGGGUAGUUUUAUCACUUGUCCCCAGAAAUCUUAUUUUAUAAUUUCUGGGAAGAACGGGUGAAUUUACUGGAGGCCUGCAGCCCACUGUCAAUGCUAUCUGUAAUUGUGCUGAAUGGGUUGGAAAUUACGAAGUGGGCCUUGAAUUAAUUUUUUAUUUUUAAAUGGGAAAGGCAAAGACCAUGACAUUGAAUUAGUUCCAUCUCUGUGUCUUAUUGGAACUUAUUGACCACAUCAUUGCUGUGAACAGGUGUACAAAUCAAUUUUUAGGGAGAAGGCAGAAGAUUACAGCUGCGUGAAAGAUGAGGGCUCUGGUGCUGGUGCUGGGGCAUUUUUUUUUGGUGACACGGCCCGAUUCUACAGAGGCUCAGUUUCCUCGAGUCUGCAGCACGGUGGAGGGGAUCGUCUCAAAGCAGUGCUGCCCUGCUCUCGGCUCUGAUCCUGCUAAUGUGUGUGGAUCUUUAUCUGGACGAGGAAACUGCUCCGACAUCAGAGUCAGUACCAAACCCUGGGGCGGACCGUAUAGGUUGAGAAACCGAGAUGACCGUGAAAGGUGGCCAACAAAAUUUUUUAAUCAAACUUGCAGGUGCUUCGGUAACUUUGGUGGCUUCGACUGUGGCCAGUGUAAGUUUGGCUGGACAGGACCAAACUGUGACGUACGUAAAGCCCCGGUGGUGAGGAAGAACAUCCACUCUCUGACUCCAGCUGAGCUUCAGGAGUUUCUGGAUGUGUUGGACCAGGCCAAGAACACCACCCACCCAGACUAUGUCAUCGCCACACAGCACUGGCUGGGCCUGCUGGGGCCCAAUGGAACCCAGCCCCAGUUCUCCAAUAUUUCCAUCUACGACUUCUUUACAUGGCAGCAUUACUACUCUGUCAGAGACACGCUCCUUGGACCUGGACGUCUUUUCAAACACAUUGAUUUCUCCCACAAAGGACCUGCCUUUAUAACCUGGCACAGAUACCACCUACUCAGUCUGGAGAGAGACCUGCAGAGACUGACUGGCAAUGAGAACUUUGCUGUUCCAUACUGGAACUUUGCCACAGGGCAGACUGAGUGUGACGUCUGCACAGACUCUCUCCUGGGGGGACGCAACCCAGACAACCCCUCCCUCAUCAGUAACCAGUCCAGGUUCUCCAAUUGGGGGGUGGUGUGUAACAGCAUGGAUGAAUAUAACCGCCUGGUCACUUUGUGUAAUGGGACCAGUGAGGGACAUAUAAGGAGAGGUCAGGUAGGGAGGAGCAACAUGAGUCUUCCCACAAUGAAUGACGUCAGGAGUUGUCUCAGACUCAGAGACUUUGACCGUUCUCCCUACUACACUAACUCUACCUUCAGCUUCAGGAAUUCUCUUGAAGGCUAUGACAAGCCAGAUGGUGAGGCAGAGCUUGACUCCUCAGUGAACAACCUGCACAACCUGGUCCACUCCUUCCUCAAUGGAACCAGCGCUCUGUCUCACUCCGCAGCCAAUGAUCCCAUCUUUCUAGUUCUCCAUGCUUUCACUGAUGCCAUUUUUGAUGAGUGGAUGAGGAAGUCUGUUCCACCAAACUCCAGUUUCCCCGAUGAGAUGGCCCCCAUUGGUCACAACAGAGAUUACAACAUGGUGCCAUUCUUCCCUCCUGUGACCAAUGAAGAGAUUUACGUUGCGUCUGACCAGCUGGGAUAUUCUUAUGCCAUUUCACUGGAUGAGAAUGACGGUAAUCCUGUAUUUGUCGUGAGAACUACUUUGACAGGCAUUUUCAUGGGCCUACUGGCUGUGCUCAUGGUAGUCGUGGUUUACAUGCUGCACCGGCGAAGAAAGCAUGGCUUUGAACCCUUAAUACAAUACAAUAGAAAGUACAUAGACAACUCUUGAACUUUUCUUGAGCUAAAGUCUAACAGUAACCCAAAGAAAGACUACGGUUUAUUUGAUUAAGCUUGUAUGCAAUGUUCAUAUUAACGUAAUACACAGCCAUACUUAUUGGAUCAAUUGAAACAUACUGUAACUCAAGCUAAGUACUUAUUUCAUCAACAUAAAACCCUGAGGGUAGAAUGUUUGAGACCUGUAAUAUUUAUAUUCAGCCAAUCAGAACCACACAAGGGAUGAACCCAUACAGAAUAAUGAACAUUUACUGAAUAUUUAUUAAUUUAUUGAGAGCCCAUUUUCAGUUCUUGUUCUGUAAUGUUUGAUUCUAUGUUUUGGACAAAAAUGUAGCUUAUGUUUGAGAAUAAAUAUUUGUACACCCUUUGA